AUGGAGACUGAAUAUCAGUUUAAUUAUGAUGAAAUCAAAGAGAUUUUUGAAAGUGUUCCACCCUCAAAUUCCAGUGUGAAGAGAUCUCAAACGAUUUCAUAUAAGACACAUUUUCAACCUCGAUCAAACAAAGAAACACGUUCAAUUCAAGUUCAAUGUGUCAAUGUUUACCAGUUGAUCCCCGUCGAUCGAAAUGCUCUUCAAAAUCAACAAGGUUUUUAUGUCGCACCGAAGAAUGCUAAGUAA